UCGCAGAAAAAAAGGAAAAAGAAAAAAAAGAAAAUCUAUUGCAGAGGCAGAGCUCCGCCGGCAGCGGCCGUUUUCCUUUCAUGACUGAGAUCGAUGCUGCUUCUAUUUUGAUCUGAAUUCUUCAAUUACUUUUUCUGCAUUUGGUUUAACUAGUUAUGAGAGACGAUGACGCCCUACCCGUAUCCACGCCCACUCAUUCUUCAUCAGUAUCUUCCCUAUCGUCGUCUAGGAAGGAUGCUGCUUCGUCGGAUUCCUCCUCCAUCUUCGGCCGCGGCCGCUACAAGUUUUGGGCGCUCGCCGUGAUUUUGUUGCUCGCGUUCUGGUCCAUGCUCACCGGCACCGUCUCCCUCCGCUGGUCCGCCGGAGAUCUCGAUGACAGCUUCACACUAGACUACCAUUCACCCUCCGCCGAUGAUCUAGACGUUCUCGUUAUGGAGGAGAGGGAGAAAAUGGUGCGGCACAUGUGGGAUGUGUAUACCAACAGCCAGAGGAUGAAUCUGGCAGGUUUUUGGCAGGAAGCCUUUGUGGCUGCCUAUGAGGAUUUGACGAGCGAGGUGCCUGAAGUUAUGGAGGAUGCUAUUUCGGAGAUUGCUAGGAUGUCAGCUCGCUACCUGGAUCUCACCCCGCGUCCACGAUAUUCUUCGUUGUCAUUGGGUUUACGGAAUUUGAAUAUAAAAGAUAAGAAAAAGCAAAAUCCUGGCAGGUAAAUUAGACUUGAAAUCACUGCGGAAAUCAGAGGCUGCAACUUGAUCCAGGAAUGUGAGUUUUUGGAAACACACACAACUUUGUAAUUUUGGUUUUUUUUUUUAUUUAUUUCAAAGUUUUAUGAUACCAUGGUUCAGUCUGAUUUGAGGAAAA